UGUCAAUAGUUGAUUUCUAUCUAUUCAAUUGAUUCUAGCCGGCAUCCAAACGUCCCACAUUCAUGGUGUUCGGGCUUCGCCCAAGUCCGGGGCGUAUCUCGGCGGUGCAUCGAGUAUCUUUGGGGAUUGUCCAAUUCCAUAGAAUCCCGAGAUGUGGUUUACAUACCGAUGGUAGAAGUCGGAUAUCCAACUUCUGGAUCCCGACGGGAGGCAUCUCCAAGAAAGCCGUAGAAGGCGAGAAGGAGGAUGCAAAUGAUCUCCUGGUCCGGGGCGGAUUCCUUCGACAGGCUUACUCUGGGAUAUUUCAUUUGCUGCCGCUUGGCUUGCGUGUCCAAGAUAAGCUUGAACGACUUAUUGACAAGCAUAUGAGAUCUGUUGGCGCAUCCAAGGUUUCGUUAUCUUCGUUAUCCUCUCAAGAGCUCUGGGAGCAGUCUGGUCGGUUAAAGGAGGGCUCAGAGGUCUUCCGGCUCCAUGAUAGAAAAGAAUCCCGUUUCCUCCUCGCCCCUACACAUGAAGAAGAAAUCACUACAUUAGUCGGGAGUCUCACGAAAUCAUACAAAGAUCUGCCUUUACGAGUCUAUCAAAUAUCAAGAAAAUACCGAGAUGAGCCCAGACCACGACAAGGCCUCCUCCGCGGCCGUGAAUUCAUCAUGAAAGACCUCUACACAUUCGACUACAACGUCGAAGAAGCUCUGGAGACAUACAAAGUCGUCAAACUCGCAUACACGCACCUGUUCAACGAGCUGAAAAUCCCCUACCUAGUCGCCGCAGCAGACUCGGGCAACAUGGGCGGAAGCCUGAGCCAUGAAUUCCACUUCCCUACUUCCAAGGGCGAAGAUACGUUAAUUAGCUGCUCGAACUGCGAUCAUGUGUACAAUGAGGAACUUGCAGAUGGCAAAGCCCAUGGUGCUGGUGCCGCGUCUUCGCCAUCAGCCGGGUUCGAUACGGAGGAACCAUCCACAGACGGAGCAGGGACGGUCUCGACGGGUGCCUGGUUCGCCAUCUCCAGAGACAAGAGAACUCUGGUCCGAGGAUGGUAUCCCAAGUUCUUCAAACAGCCCGGGUCCCAAGAACCCACGGAAAGAGAAGUCAGCUCGCACGCCGUGAAAUCCAUCGCCAACGCAGCAGGAAUCGACAUCGACCUGAGCGUCGAAAACCCACUCGAACAAUGGAUCACAUACGUCAAAUCCCAGAAGACCACCGACGGCUCAACGCCCAGUGUGCUAGACCUCUACGACGCACAAGUCCGUGUCUACCAACGCCCACCCCUCAGCGACCUCCUCCAAGGAACCGGUCGUGCAAUCACAGAAAUCGAAUACUUCAUGCUCGACAAAUUCCCCAACACAACCAACGGCCUCAAUCUAAUCAAAGUCCACGACAGCGACACAUGCCCUAAAUGCACGCAGGGAACCCUCAAACUCGACACCGCAGUCGAACUAGGACAUACUUUCCACCUGGGAACCCGCUACAGCGACGUCCUCAGUGCCUCGGUCAUGGUCGACAAGUCCUUGCUCGGCGCCACAAACUCGAAAGACCAAAUCGUCCCGAUGCAAAUGGGUUGUCACGGAAUCGGCGUCUCGCGGAUGAUCACCGCCGUGGCGGACCGUCUCGCAGACUCGAAGGGCCUCAACUGGCCACGGGUUAUGGCUCCAUACGAAGUUAUCGUCGUGCCUGGGAAGGACCUGGAGGGUGAAGCGGAGAAGGUAUAUGAUCAACUUGUGUCGUCAGACCCCUCUGCCCCCAUUGACGUUAUCCUCGACGACCGUGAUAAGCAGAUGGGAUGGAAACUUGGAGACGCCGAUCUCAUCGGAUACCCGAUCAUCGUGGUCGUUGGUAAGGGAUGGAAGAGCCAGCAGACAUUGGAGGUGCAGUGUCGUCGGUUGGGUCUGAGAGAAGAUGUACCACUGGACCAGCUGCCGACAUUUGUGCGGUCUUUGCUGGAGCGACUGUAAAUGAUAAUUAUGCUUUAUAAAAUGUAUUUUAUGUGGUUGUCACUGUACUAUAGAAAUGAAUAUCAAUCCCCCUCUUGUACAUGGCGAU